AUGGUUACGGGAACAGUGAUUGAAUCUUCAAAGAACAAGUAUGUGAUCAUUAAACUACUAGGAGCUGGUGGAUUUGGAGCAGUCUACAGAGUGCAUGAUCAAAAAGACCCUACAAAAAUGUUCGCUUUGAAAGUGGAGAAGAAGAUAGAGACAAGGAAACAUUCUAAAUUGAAAAUGGAGAUUGCUAUUCUCAAGUUAGUGUCCAACGAACGAAAUCAGUCGCACUUCACUGCAAUUAUUGACAGAGGGAAGAAAGAAACUUACUUCUUUCUUGUCAUGGAACUGGUUGGCAAAAGUCUUGCUGAUCUCAAAAACGCAAGACCAGAAAGGGUGAGCUCUUUUUCGCAUGGCACC